CGCAAUCCGAAUAAUCUUCCAGUUUAUUCGAAUCAAUUCGACUGGGAAAAGAGACGUGGUCUUCUCCAAAGGUAGGGGAAAUUCAUAUAAAAAGCAGCAAAGAUGCUUUCUUCACUGGCGGUGACAUUUAUUGUCGCCGUCGCUCUCGUCGGAGGUCACGAUUUUACGAAGUACGACAGAAAUAUUGUAUGGACUGGUGGGCCUUUCGAGUGGCCUUGCCCGACCACGAAGAGCAUGUUCAAGAACAGUGGUCGUUACAUUUCGAAGAAUGUCCUCGCCACUAGAGCUGUGAUUUACAAAGACGAUGCUAUCCUGGCUUUACCUAGGUUUAAAGUUGGCGUACCAGUAACUUUAGCCAAGGUAUCUUUGAAAGAUAAAAACUGCCAGGCCAAUCUUUUCCCUUACCCUUGCUGGUCGUUUCAAGAAGAGGGAACAUGCUCCGCCUUGCAAAAUGUUGUGGACCUUUAUUUGGAUCCUCAGGAUAUUCUGUGGGUGCUGGAUUCGGGUAUCGUAAACUCUCUCGAAGAACCCAUACGUAAAUGUCCGCCAAAGGUUGUCGCCCUGAACGUAAAAACCGGCAAGAUGAUGAAAAGCGUCGAUCUAUCCGACCUGACGAGUGCCUCAUCUCGGUUGCAAUACGUCGUCGCAGACUACAAUCCGGACGGCCGAGUCUUCAUCUAUGUGUCUGACGCAGCCACAAGAGCGAUUCUGGUGUACGAUGUGACUUCCAGUCGAGGAUAUCGCGUCGUUCUUCCACAAGCCAUAACCACGAAUUGCUCCCGCCGAGAUGUACUUUAUCUCGCCCUAAUACGUCGUCAAGAUGGUAGCACUUGCCUGAUCUUCACAUAUUUGGGCGGCAGCCGGCUGUUCUCCAUUCGAACGGACCAUCUUCGGAGCGGAUCUGCUCAUGGCAAGAUACACGAUCUCGGGCCAAAACCCAGGCGAAUGAUCAUCCUGGGCACAGACAAUGGCAUCGCGCUCUUUUUCCGAUACGAAGGCGAGGCCGAUGUCUACAGGUGGGAUAGCAUCACUCCGUUUGUGCCUGCCAGUUUCCAGCCCGUUUAUAAGAGCCACGAAUGCAACCUGGCCACACACGUGAUGGCUGAUUACAAGAGAGGACAAAUGCGCGUGUUGGAGAGCAAUUUUGCCGAUUACAUGCAGGGCACCGUUGGUUGUGGGGCCAAUCACGCGUUGAAUCUCAUACACACGCUUUUUGCGAUUAUUUUACCACCACUAUACGCCGAGAGGUGGGCGGGAAAGUUGGAAACCUUAGCGCAAUGGCCGUUACUUGAUUUCGCAUUGCCAUACGAUCGUGAUUUUCACGAUCAGUAUCGGCCAGAAAAUGUGGUGAUGACCGGCAUCGAAAUAGAUUGGGACAGAGUUUUUGUCAGCACACCCAGAUUGCGCGCGGGGGUGCCUGCUACCUUAAGUUUCUUCCCGAGGAACGUACCUCUAGAAAGUAGUCCGCAACUUCAGGCAUACCCUUCGUGGGAUUGGCAUGGUGCCGGAAAAGGCGAAAUUAACUGCACCAAGUUAAUUUCAGUAUAUAGAACCAGACUGGAUCGAUGCAACAGAUUGUGGGUCGUUGAUGCUGGCGUCAUGACGUCUAUUGAUGAUUUUAUGCCCGUUUGUCCACCGAAAGUCGUAGUCUUCGAUAUGAAAACCGACCAGGUGGUGCGUCACGUUACUUUUCCACGUGAGGUUUUAAGACCGAAUACUUUGUUGACUAAUAUCGUCAUCGAUGAAGUUGCAGCAAAAACAUGUAAUGAUGUAUUUCUUUAUAUGACUGAUACCGCCGGCCCAGGAAUCCUCGUUUUCGAUGGUGCUACUGAUAGAAGUUGGCGAUUACUGCACGCAUCGAUGUUCCCUCAUCCGGAUCAAGCAACGUAUAAAAUCGGAAGCGACACCUUCGAGUUCCUGGAUGGUGUGGUGGGCAUAACGUUUUCGCCAAAGCUUGGAACCGUGUAUUAUCAACCUCUGGCGACUGAUCGUAUCUUCAGCGUGCCUACGUCAGCAUUACAAGCCGGACCGCUGUCUUUGGGUGAACAGUUACCUGUGACCUUAGUUGGUAGAAAGUCGAGUCAAGGUCUAGCACUGGCAGUGGAUCCUCAAGAUGAUUCAAUCUUUUUCUCCCCCUUUACUGAGACUGCGAUCGCAUCGUGGCAACCGCAAACAAAUCAACAGAGGAUAAUCGUUUAUAGCCCAGAAGAAUUGCAAUUUACUGCUGAGAUCAGAUGGGCGGAACGCGACAACGGUAAUUUUUGGGUAAUGUCGUCGAGAUUCCAUAAGUUCUUCCUGAAACAAGUCGAUACUCGUCAAAAUAAUAUUCGCAUUAUGAGAAUUAAAAUGAACAAUCAGAUACUAGCUGCAACGCCUCUUGUUCAACAUAUUAAUCCAUAUUAUCCAUUAUAUUUCUAUAAUGAUACUUUAAUAUACUAAAAAAGAAUUUUGAUGCAAUAGUAAAUAAAGUUAUAAACA